CUCGGCCGGGCCGAUCACCGCGGACUGCGACUGCGGACCUUUUUUCGCAGACCUACUCUCUUUUACCUCGAACUCCAACCACAACACACUCGUUCCUGCUCCCGCCCUUUCACCUCAAUUAUGCGACCAGCCUGCCACUCGCGACUAUCAUGUCGCACCCUCCUCUCCUCAACCCGGCUGCAAGCUCUGCCCUCACGCUCAUUACUGCUUGGCCAGUCCACACCCCGAAGCCUUAGCACAAGACCACGACCAAACACCUGUAUACAAUCAAAGAUAUCAAGCCCUCUGCACACGACAAAACGAUCCUUCGGCCUCCCGUCUCUCUCCUCCUUCCUCCCCUCCUCACCAAACGGCAACAACAACUCGCCCAAGCGCGUCCUCACAGCAACCCGCACACUCCCCUACUCACCCGCCCUCCUCUUCAAAGUGAUCUCCUCCGUCGAAUCCUAUUCGCAAUUCCUCCCCUUCCUCAACGAAUCCACCGUGACAGCCCGCGAUCCGGAAACCGGGUAUCCCACUCAAGCCUACCUGACCGUUGGCUACGGGCCUCUCAGCGAGACUUUUACUUCGCGCGUGGACUGUGAUCCGGCUAACUGGAUCGUUGAGGCGCGGAGCGGGGCCAAAUAUGGGAAGCCUGAUGGCAGCAGCAGCGGUGGUGGUGAUGGCGCGUCGUCUGGGUUGAGUGGGUUCUUCCCCGGUGCUUCGGAGGGGAUAUUUGAGUAUCUCUGUACGAAGUGGGAACUUGUGCCCGUGGCUCCUCUUGAGGCGCAGGGUGGACCGCAGACCAAGGUGAAUUUGGAGGUGCAAUUCGAGUUCCGCAAUCAGUUGCAUGCGACUGUUAUGGGGGCUGUGGAGGGGCAGAUGGCUAGUGUUAUGAUUGAGGCUUUUGAGAAGCGAAUUCGGGAGAGUCAUACCCAGGGACAAUAGAACAUUGGGCCAGUAUAGACUUGGUUGCCUCGAGGGUACAGAUUUUGUACAUAAUUCGUGUUUGGAUGGCUGAUACAAGGGCACAUGUACAAUAUUAUAGAGACUAUCUCCUACUAUAGACGAACACGGAU